CUUGGUCGGGCUUGUAGUUUUUCACCUUAUAAAUUCUCCAUAUAAAAUUGCAGUGUAGACAGAUCAGAAAAAUCAAUGUUAUCAGAGAUGGAAUAUUUCAAGAAAUCCCAAAUGGUUCAUCUAAUUCUCUUGCUUCUAGCUGGGCUAACAUGCGUGUCUUCUAGCCUCCCUAGUGAGUACUCUAUAGUUGGCAAUGACUUGAGUGAGCUUCCACCAGAUGAAAGCAUCAUUGAAAUCUUUCAACGAUGGAGAGAUAGGCACCAGAAGGUUUACAAACAUGCAGAAGAGGCAGAGAAGAGGUUCGGGAAUUUUAAGAGGAACUUGAAAUAUAUAAUUGAGAAAACAGGAAAGGAAACAACUCUGAGGCAUAAAGUGGGGUUGAACAAAUUUGCUGAUUUGAGCAAUGAGGAGUUCAAGGAACUUUAUCUGUCAAAGGUGAAGAAACCCAUCAACAAAAGGAGGUUUGAUGCAGAAGACAGGAGUCGGAGAAACUUGCAGUCGUGCGAUGCACCUUCCAGCUUGGAUUGGAGGAAGAAGGGAGUUGUCACUGCUGUUAAGGACCAAGGAGACUGCGGAAGUUGUUGGUCAUUCUCCACAACUGGAGCCAUAGAAGGAAUAAAUGCCAUUGUCACUAGCGACCUCAUUAGCCUCUCAGAGCAAGAGCUUGUAGACUGUGAUACAACCAAUUAUGGGUGUGAAGGAGGCUAUAUGGACUAUGCUUUCGAAUGGGUUAUAAACAAUGGUGGAAUCGAUACAGAAGCUAAUUAUCCGUAUACAGGAGUUGAUGGUACCUGCAACACAGCCAAGGAGGAAAUAAAAGUUGUAUCCAUUGACGGGUAUAAAGAUGUAGAUGAAACGGACAGUGCACUCUUGUGUGCUGCUGCUCAACAACCCAUUAGUGUUGGUAUGGAUGGUUCUGCGAUAGAUUUCCAACUAUAUACUGGUGGAAUCUAUGAUGGUGACUGCUCUGAUGAUCCAGAUGACAUUGAUCAUGCUGUUUUGAUAGUUGGCUAUGGUUCAGAAAAUGGUGAAGAUUAUUGGAUAGUGAAGAAUUCGUGGGGCACAUCAUGGGGAAUUGAAGGAUAUUUCUAUAUAAAGAGGAACACUGAUUUACCUUAUGGUGUAUGUGCAAUCAAUGCAAUGGCCUCAUAUCCAACAAAAGAAGCUUCUGCACCAUCUCCAACUAGUCCUCCAUCGCCUCCGUCGCCACCGCCACCGCCUCCACCUCCACCUCCACCAACACCAGUGCCACCUCCCCCCUCCCCUCAACCAAGUGACUGUGGAGACUUCUCCUACUGCCCGAGUGAUGAGACUUGCUGUUGCAUUCUUAAGGUCUUUGAUUACUGUCUUGUCUACGGUUGCUGUGCAUAUGAGAAUGCUGUUUGCUGCGCCGACUCUGUGUACUGCUGUCCCAGUGAUUACCCCAUUUGUGAUGUUGAAGAAGGGCUCUGCAUCAAGGGCCAGGGAGAUUAUCUGGGAGUGGCUGCAAGCAAACGACAUAUGGCUAAGCACAAGUUUCCCUGGACCAAGUUGCAGGAAAGAACGAAAACGGACCACCGUGUUCUACAGUGGAAGAGGAACCCCCUCGCUGCAAUGCGCUGAAGAAAAUGGAACAUAUGAAUGUCGUCGUUGCUCUUGCCACCACGUCUUUUCCUUUUGCAGGCAUUUGGCCAUGUUCUUAUGCACGCAGCAGGUAAAAGCAGAACAAAGACGGUACAGGGGAAGACGAUACAAGGGAAACUAUGUUUUUUCCGAUCUUCUGGGACAAGAAUUUCAAUUCUCAUUGGGACUUUGUUCUUUAAAUAUUUUUUUUUCUUGAGUCAUAUUUACUGUUGUGUUGCUACUAAAUCUCUUUCCCAAUUUUAUAAACAACUGGACUAGUCCAAGCCAUUGAAUCCUUGGCCGUAAA